UUCAAAUAUCUUACCUUGCACACAAAGCUCAUACCCUACUAAGUCUCCAACAAAGAAACUCUAUCUCUCUGUGUAUCUCCAAAGUAUUCAAUGGAAGCAAGAAUUCAAGCAUUACACCACCAAAUGAUCAUCAAAGUUCCAUCAACACUCCACCCCAACAAACCAUGGAUGAUAACACCACCAAUCAAGACUAAGAAGAAGAACAUCCACAUUAACAAAGCACAAGGCAAAGGUUUUGGUUCAACCACAAACAUAACUCAAAAUAACAACACCACAACAUCACAAGAAAAAGAAAAACAAUACCAGAAACAAAAAGAAGACGACGAGAUACCUGAAGAAGUGUUCAACAGAAUCCUAAAGAGGAUCUUCUUCUUUGUCGGAGCUCCAAUGGUUUCAAGUGUAGCCUUGCUUUACUUGAUGGAGUUUCUCAAUGAGAAUAAACUGUGGGCUGCGCCUUUGUGGUUGCCAUUCCUUACUGUGCUACUCGGUUUUGGCACAUCGGCGAUGGGAAUUGCUUAUGGCUCUUUGUCAACGAGUUGGGAUCCGGAUAGGGAGGGUUCUCUUCUAGGGUGGCAGGAGGCGCAGAAGAACUGGCCCGAGCUUUGGAAAGACGACGAUGAGAGGCAGAGACAGUGAUGCCACUCUAUACUCACUUCUUGUUCAAAUAAGUUCGGUAUUUUAGAUGUUUGUUUAUGUAAUGCUAUUAUAUUAUGAAAUAAAGAUUUUAUGAUA